AGCAAAUGCUCAACCUUUUUAUUUUUAUUUUUAAAUUUUAGUAAGAACAUUAAUUGGGGGCAUUAAUGCAGGUCACACAAAAGAAGGGUUAUAAAAGAUAAAUUAAAGGUGAUUGCAAACAAAAGUAUGACUUUCAGUUUUUCACAGAGGAAGCUCAUGACACUCACCAAAGCAACACGAAUGGAGUUCAAGAGUUUUUAAUUAGGCUUCACAUACUACAUCUCCUCAAAAUUUAUAUCAUUCCAUAUGUGUUCGAUCUUGUUUUCAUGUGACUUUCCUCUUCUCUACCGUGAGUCUCUUCAAUUUCCUAACCUUAUGUUAACGAUCAUAUAUACCUUGUUUCUUGCCGUACGUACCACACACCACUUUAUCUCAAAAAUUUUACUUCUACUAUACGACUUACAAUAUAUCAUGAAGACUCUUCUUCUCCUUGCUGUAUUCCUCUCUUUCUUCUUUGGCUCUCUCUUGGCUAGGCAUUUACCAACACCCUCCCAUCCAAGUCAUCAUCAUGUGGGGAUGACAGGGACAUUGAAGCGUCAGAGGAGGAGGCCGGACACCGUGCAGGUGGCUGGGUCUAGGUUGCCAGACUGCUCACACGCUUGUGGCUCAUGCUCCCCAUGCCGUCUUGUGAUGGUUAGCUUUGUGUGUGCAACGCUGGAAGAGGCUGAGACAUGUCCAAUGGCUUAUAAGUGCAUGUGCAACAAUAAGUCCUACCCUGUCCCAUGAUCAGCCUCUCUCCUACACUUAUUUUACGCAUUCAACCGUUUUGUUUUCCUUUUUUCUUCUCCGGGUACAUGAGAUGUGUACGUAUAAAAUGCGUCUUUAGUUUAUUUUU